AUGCGGCCUCUGAUCCUGCUGUGGGGCUGUCUGGUGCUCCCAGGUUAUGAAGCCCUAGAAGGCCCAAAGGAGAUCAGCGGAUUUGAAGGUGACACUGUGUCCCUGCAGUGCACCUACAGCGAUGAGCUGAGGGAGAACAGGAAAUACUGGUGCAAGGAGGGCUGGCUCCUCUUCUCCCACUGCUCUGGCACUAUCUAUGUGGGAGCAGAUGGCCAGGAGGUAACGGAGGGCAGGGUGUCUAUCCGCGAUAGCCGCCAAGAGCUCCAGUUCACCGUGACCUUGAGGGACCUCACCCUGCAGGAUGCCGGGGAGUACCGGUGUGGAGUCCAAAGACUGGGCCUCGAUGAGACAUUCCUGGUCUCUCUGCUUGUCUCUCCAGGGCCCUGCUGUCCUCCCUCCCCCACUGCCUCCUUCCAGCUUCUUGCUACAAGGAGCCUGCAGCCCAGGGCAAAAGCCUGGCAAACCCAGCCCCCAGAAUUGACUUCUCCUGGUCGCCACCGGGCAGUCACCACAGCCAAGCAGGGGAAGACAGUGGCCAAGGCCUCUCCGUUCACGGGGUCCUUGCCGUCCGGGUUCGCAGGAACCUCUCCGUAUGCAAGGACCUCUCCUUACGCAGGGAUCUCCCGCCCAGCAGUGCAGCUUGACUCCACCUCGGCAAAGCACACCAGUCCAGUCCCCAGCAGCGGCAGCUCCAAGCCCAGGGUGUCCAUCCCGAUGGUCCACAUAUUGGCCCCGGUCUUGGUGCUGUUGACCCUUCUGCUGGCUGCAGGCCUGAUCACCUUCGGCAGCUACUGGCUCCGGUGGAGAAAGAAAGCUCAGCUGGCCGCAGAGACACAAAGGAACAAGAAAGUCUUCCUCUCACACAUGACUACGGAGGAAGAGGAGGCCUCUCCCCAGGACCCCAAGGGGGACAUUCUGCCAGUGCCCCCCGUCCACAUGGCUGAGGAGGAGAUGGGCUUCUCGAAGUUCACCUCAGUCUAG